AUGUCCUCGCACAUUCCAUGCGGCCAGCAUUCGGCCAGUCUCGCUCCGCGCUCGCUGGCACGAGAACGCAUGCUCGCGGCCGAAACUAAAUUAAAAAGUUAGUGUUCCCGCCUCUUCGCAUUUCAAAUUUGACGUUUCAUAAAUCGAGUGGGGUUGUGUUUUGUUCGAUUUCUUCAAACAAUGGCUUCAGUAGAGAGUAGCAGUAAAAAUGGCGCAGCAACGAAUCUUAUCAAUAAAGCACCAUGGACGGACGAGCAAGGCAUAGGCCUAAAGAUCUACGAGGGUCUGGUGACCUUCAUGGAGGUACUCAUGCUGUUCACCAAGAUGUUCCUGAGCUGGCUGCACUCCGCCUACAGGUUCAUAGUGCCGCCAGAGCCUAAGGAUGUGAAGGGAGAGAUUGUGCUGAUCACGGGCGCAGGUCACGGCAUGGGUCGCGAGAUGGCGCUGCGGUUCAGCGGGCUGGGCGCGGUCGUGGUCUGCGUGGACAUCAACCCUGACGGCAACCAGGGCACCCUCGAGCUGGUCAAGGCCAACAAGGGGAUCGCGCAUCGAUAUGAAUGCGACGUGACUGACCGCUCAGCCAUCGCCGCCAUGGCCGAGCGAGUGCGGCGCGAGGUCGGUGACGUCACCAUCCUGGUGAACAACGCCGGCAUCAUGCCCUGCAAGUCUCUCCAGCAGCACUCGGAGAAGGAGAUCCGGACCAUGUUCGAUGUCAAUGUGCUGGCGCAUUUGUGGCUUCUCCAAACAUUCCUGCCGUCAAUGAUGGAGAAGAACCACGGGCACAUAGUGGCCAUGUCGUCCAUGGCGGGGGUGGUCGGGAUCCGCAACCUGGUGCCGUACUGCGCAUCCAAGUUCGCGGUCCGGGGCCUGAUGGAGGCGCUUCAUGAGGAGCUGAGGGAGGAUAAGAAGGACUAUAGUGGGAUAAAGUUCACAGUGAUCUGCCCCUACAUGGUGGACACAGGUCUCUGCAAGAACCCCAAGAUCAAGUUCCCGACGCUAAUGAAGAUAGUGUCUCCUCAAGACGCCGUGGACAAGAUCGUGGACGCCGUCAGACGGAACUAUCCCGAGAUCACUGUGCCGAGCUCGCUGUAUUAUAUUAACCAGUACCUGCGUGUGCUACCCCGCUCCGUGCCGCUGCACCUCAAGGACUUCCUGGACUCGGGCGUGGAGGCUGACUGCUGAACUGACGCUGAUAAAGAACUGACAUGUCCUUUUUAGGACGCCUGUCCAACAUAGCGCAGCGAGGGAGCACAGCGGUGUGCGAAGGAAAAAUCGACCAAUGAAAUAAUUGCACGAGCAGAGUUUUUAUGUAAUUUCAUUGGUCAAAUUUUCCUUCGAACAUAGGUUGGCUCCCUCGCUCCGCUUUGGUGGAUAAGUAGCCUUAAUGCUGUCUAUGCACCAUUCCUCAAGGACAUAUGUGAGUUAAGUGUGAUGUAGUUGUUAAUCAGAUAGGUAGGUACUCGUAUAAUUCUAAGACAGUCGGAGUCUGGUUAGAAAUACAGGAGUAGGUCCAGAGCCAUUUGGCGAACGUAUUGAGUUUAUUGAUACGAUUUAUGUUUUUUUGAGUACAUCAAUAGUCAAUAACCAACGUGUGACAUGAUAAUAAAAAAUAUUCGUUUCUUUGAGUUAAUAUGACUGUGCUCUUAGUGACUGGGUGAGGAAGGCCGAGAACUGAGUUUUGUAUCAGAGUGACUUUCCUUGACAGAGGCCUAUGUCUAGCAGUGGACGAUUAUAGCAGCGGGGCUGAUGAUAUCAUUGUAAAGGUGGACAUUUAUAAAAUCUAUAUCAAAACUGACCUUAAAUAAACUUGAAUUGUACGUGCAAUCCACUGUUGUAAUGUUUGACGUAAAUAAAGCUAGUAUGUAAGUGUAUGAGAUAAAAAAAUAUCAAAAAUGCCCUAUAAUUUUAAGAAUAGAUACGUACAGGGGGAUAAUUUGUGCCUUUCAUUGUGAUAAGUAUACUUAUGAAUUAUUUGUGUGCAACUAACAUAAGUACAAGUAAGCAGGUUAUACUGGUUAUGACCUUUCUUUUAACAUUUCCUAAAUAAGGUACUUUUUCGAAUGAUAUUCUUGUUUUAUAUUUUUCUGUAUGAUGAUGUGUUUGAUAAAGUGCCAUUUUUAAGAAACCUAAUUACACUCACGUACAAUGAAAUAGUUCCAUUGACGUUUCAUAUCACUGAAACUUUUUCAUUGCUCUUGAGUGUACUCGUAUAUAAAUAAUAUUUAAGUACAUACCUUUUAUUGAUUGAUUUUUAAAUACUAUUUGACAAUGUGAUUGAAGUACAUUUUAUAUCUAGGUAGUUAUGAGUGGAAGUGAAUAGUAUGUAAGUAAUAAUUAUAGUUGUUGUUAAGCGGAAAUAAGAAGG